AUGGAAAGCUGUGAGUCUCCCGCGGUUUCUGGGACAGACGAUGGGCUUGCCGCCGCCACCAACUCCCAGAAAGAGCAGCAUCUGCCGCAGUCCUGGAACGAGCACCCUAAAGUGCAAACCCCUCCCAGCAUCCAGCCCCCUUCACUGGAGCCCAUAUCAUUGACGGUGCCGUACCCCUCACAGCUCCAACCUUCCAGACGUUCCAGAGAGGGUGUAAGAGAACAGCAGCACCAUUCCACGCUAACCCCCGGUGAAGGCUUGGUAUCAGGGCUUUGUACAAGGCAAGAGGGGGAGGAAGAGGAGGAAGGGGAGGGGGGAAGCUGUGGAGAGGAGGAUGGCUUGGAAGAUUUGGAUGAAGAAGAGAUGGACGAUUGUUACCCAAGUUUGCAGCCCUUCCCUGGUGUAUCUGUGGUGCCAGGAAGAGGGCUACCAGCUCUCCUGCGGCGACGAGCAAGGCGGCGAGGGGCAGCAGAAAGUGGGAGUGAGGAAGGAGAGGAGGAGGAGGAGGAGGAGGAAGAGGAGAGUAGUGACGUGGAGAAUCUGGCUGGAGAAAUAGUCUACCAGUCUGAUGGCUCUGCGUACAUUGUGGAGAGCUUAAGCCAGCUGAUCCAAAGUGGUGGCGGAGCACUGCCCGGCCUGCUCCCCACAAACUCCCACCCCAGCACGGGGAAGUCGGGCGAACUUGCCGGGACCUCUUCCUCGGUCUACCCUCAGAUCAUCAACACGUUCCACAUAGCCUCGUCUUUUGGGAAGUGGUUCGGCUCCUCAGACCAAGGCUUCCCCAAUACCUCAACCCUGGCAGGCCUGAGCCCUGUCCUGCACAGUUUCCGCGUUUUCGAUGUGCGGCACAAAAGCAACAAGGAUUACCUAAACAGCGACGGGUCUGCCAAGAACUCCUGCGUAUCCAAAGAUGUUCCCAACAACGUGGAUUUCUCCAAAUUUGACGGGCUAGCCCUUUAUGGGAAAGGCAAGCCUAUCCUCAUGUGUUUUCUCUGCAAGUUGUCCUUCGGCUAUGUGCGCUCCUUUGCAACGCACGCAGUGCAUGACCACCGCAUGACUUUAAGUGAGGAUGAACGCCGACUCCUGGGGCAUAAGCAUGCCUCCGCCAUCAUCCAGGGUAUUGGCAAGGACAAGGAGCCCCUCAUUAGCUUCCUGGAACCAAAAAACAAGAGCCCUCCUCCCCCACCCACAUUGUUGCCCCUGAAUGCUGGGCAGAGUUUUUAUGGCACCUUUAGUGGUGUCCACUUAGAAGGAGGGAGUGUUGGGAGUGGUGGUGGGGAUAGUGAACCAGUUCUUAAUAAAGAUUCUGAUUCAAGCUCCCAGCAAGCCGCGUUAGGCCCUCUCUUAACACUGGGAGGGCUGGGCAGCUCCAAACCACCCUUGGUUACCUCAGCCCCAGGCCCAGCCAAAGACUCCAAUGUCCCGUCUGAUCGGGGAGGGAGAACAGAGGGGCCUGUUGCAAGGGAAGGGACACAAAGGGGGGAGGAUGGGGGUAGGGAAAGAGAGACAGGGGAGGAUAAAGGACUCUUUCCUAGCAAUGAAAUCUCAGAUGAAGAGGAAGAACUUUUAGAAGAUGAUGAUGUUGACGAUGAAGAAGAUGAGGGCACCGCGGUCGCCUGCAGCAACAGCAGUGGCGGAGAAGGGGGGGAACUGGCUGUCUCAAACCAAAGCAUUUCCAAAUCUCCUUUAUUAAUGCCUAGUAGCGCUCUCCAGCCUUCCACCUGCCCUUCUGUGGCCAGCACCGCACACAGCAACACCACCUCCGCCUCUGUCUCCUCUUCUUCCUUUCUUAUGGUGUUUGAAGAGGGGGCAGAUGGUGCUGGGAGGAACCCAGAACUCCCUCUGAGCUUUAACUGCCAGGGGCCAGCACUCCCUGCUGCGGUGGGCAGGGGGGAAGAGGAUGAAGAAAUGGCCUGCCCUCCUGCCUCCACUGCCUCAGCGCCUCUAGCUACCACCACCGCGACAGAUGAAAGUGCCAAUCGAGAUAGUGCCACAGCUCCUGAACCAAAUGAAAGCCCAGCGGAGGGUGAAGAGGACAGUGGGGCUCUCCUCCACCAUCACCACCUGCACCAUCAUCAUCAUCACCACCACCACCACUUGAUCCCGUCCUCCAGUCCCCAUAGUCAUACGCAUCCCCACCCUGGAGCACCUUGUGAGUUGUUAGGAGCUGGCGAGUGUCCGCAGAGUGGUGUAGUUGGUGGCAGUGGGGUGGAGUGCCCCAAGUGUGACACAGUGCUGGGCUCCUCGCGCUCGCUGGGUGGUCACAUGACCAUGAUGCACUCCCGCAACUCAUGUAAAACUCUCAAGUGUCCCAAGUGCAACUGGCACUACAAGUACCAGCAAACACUGGAGGCUCAUAUGAAGGAGAAACACCCAGAAUCUGGUGGUUCCUGUAUCUACUGCAGCACGGGACAGGCUCACCCACGAUUGGCCCGGGGGGAGAGUUACACCUGUGGCUACAAGCCUUUUCGUUGUGAGGUCUGCAAUUACUCAACCACCACCAAGGGUAACCUCAGCAUCCACAUGCAGUCUGACAAGCAUCUUAACAACAUGCAAAACCUGCAGAACGGCGGCUCCAUUGCUUCAGCAGGUGACCAAGUGUUUGGACAUGCCCCUGGCGGGGUGGUGGGAGUCCCCUCGGCGGCCCAGGCUGCUACCCACCACCCGGCUCACCACCACCCGACCCAAGGUUCUACCCAUGGGGGUGGGGCAUGUGGGGCCCCUUCCCCCACUAAGCCAAAAAGCAAGCCCACGUGGCGCUGUGAGGUGUGCGACUAUGAAACGAACGUGGCCCGCAACCUGCGCAUCCACAUGACUAGUGAGAAGCACAUGCACAACAUGAUGCUGCUGCAGCAGAACAUGACACAGAUGCAGCACGGCCGGUUGGGAUUAGGGGGCUUACCCUCGCCCUCAGAAGCGGAGCUUUACCAAUACUACCUGACCCAAAACAUGAGCCUGCCUCCUGGUCUCAAGAUGGACACUGCUGGGGCUGACACCCAGUUUUUGUUGGGAGGGUAUCAGCUUGACCCUAAUAUGGCAGCCCUCACACCUGCCCUUGUCGGUGGCGAAAUCCCUUUGGACAUGCGCUUGGGGGGAGGUCAGCUGGUGUCUGAGGAGCUGAUCAACCUAGGGGAGAGCCUUUCCCAAACCAUUGAUCCCUCCCUCAAGUUGUUCCAGUGCGCUGUGUGCAACUGCUUCACCACCGACAACUUGGAGCUUCUGGGCUUGCACAUGGGUGCCGAACGCAGCUUGCCAGAAGAGGAAUGGCGGGCCGUGGUAGGCGAUUCACAUCAGUGCAAGCUCUGUCAUUAUACCACCCAGCUUAAGGCCAACUUCCAGCUCCAUUGCAAGACGGACAAACAUAUACAGAAGUACCAGCUAGUGGCACACAUCAAGGAAGGGGGGAAAGGCAAUGAAUGGCGCCUCAAGUGCGUGGCCAUCGGCAAUCCAGUCCACCUGAAGUGCAAUGCGUGUGACUACUACACCAACAGCCUAGAGAAACUACAGCUACACACGGUGCAUUCUCGCCAUGAGGCCAGCCUGAAGCUAUACAAGGCUCAGAAGUGCACUAGUACCCACAAACUAACAGUCUACCAUAGUCAGCAGGUUUCAGGACUGUGUAGACCACAGUCACAGUACCCUUCUGCUCAGGGUACAUAUCUUUCAAGAGAGCUGGCAGAGUGUGCACUGAUAGAAAUGGAUAGGGACAGGUAUCUGGAGUAA